UCUCCCAAGUUACAACUUCGUAGCGAUCGCAUAAAAAAUCAAUUUUAAUCUGAAUAUUUUAUUUGUAAAUUCCUUGAAAUGUCUGGCGAUCAGUUAAUUGUUUCUCCCUUAAGCCUGAGCUUCCAGGCUCCCAUCGCGCACUUCCAAAAGCGAAUGAUAACGAUGAUCAAUGCCAGUGGCGAGGAUGUGAUCUAUCGCAUCCAAAUCGACAAGGACACCGUCUACAGUGUGACUCCAAUGCGAGGCAGGGUGAAGUCUUACGAUACCACCGAAGUAACUGUAACACUAAAGCCGGUUAAGGAGGAUAUUCCUGAGUGCUCUCUGGUUGUGAGGAGCAUUCCACUGGCUAUGAUCGCACAUACAGAGGAGGUGGACUGGAACUCUACCGAUGUUCUGAUCAAGUUGGAUCCUGGGAAAAUACUGCAAUUCGAAGAAGAACCUAUAACGGUGCACUUGCAAACCGAUGAUCUGGCCAAGAAAAAAUCCAAGUGCCAGAAAAAGUUACUCACUCCCAAGGCCUGGCUCAAGGGGUUUCUUUAUAUUUUAGGAAUGUUAGCAGUGAUUAUGGCUGCUUAUUUCGGGUUCAAUUUAAAGUCGGGACGCAUCUUUUGAGUGCGAAUCAAUUAAAUUAUGAAUUAUGCAAAUCGAAAUCCGCGCCCCAAGCGGAUUUCAACCAGCCCCCACUAACAGUUACCUAAAUCAAUCAUACGCCCCGUUGGCCUCAUUAGGCAAGCGUUUAGCUCAGCUGCCUGGCCUCUCUCCAACUCAUUAAUGCACUGAACGAAAUUAUGUUGAAUAGCAUAAUUUUAUACAUAGCUUAUGGAAUUUGAUUUCUCUUAUUUAAGUUAAUUAUGAUUUAAACAUAAACUCCAAGGUUCUUGAGUCCCAAUUAAGGGUUUUAAAUUGUUAAU